UUUACACUUUUGUAUUGUACCUAUCUAAUCCCAACCAUCAUCAUCAUCAUCAUCAUCAUCAUCAUCAUCAUCAUCAUCGGAGAGAAAGUCCCCUUCAGACGGAGAUAAUCGUACACAACCAAGCAACCAACCUUAUCCUCCACAUCAUUGUAAAACCCUAAAACCAAAGUCACGAUCCCAUCUUCACAUCCCAAGGGAUAGAUUGAUCAUGGCAACUGCAACUAUGGCCACAGCAGCUGGAGCAGCUGCUCUUCUAUACUACACAUUAAACCGGAAGCUAAUCACCGGUGUCGACGAUGAGAGCACCGAAGCUUCUUCUUCUACUAGCCGUGGUGCUUCUUUGAGGAUUGACCGCGUUUCGCAUAGACUUAUUCAAGCUCCAGCCACUUGGCUCGAGACUAUUUCAACUCUCUCCGAGACUCUUCGUUUUACUUACUCCGAGACUCUAGGGAAGUGGCCUAUCGGUGAUCUCGCCUUUGGUAUUAACUUCCUCAUCAAGAGGCAGGGGCUUCUUCAUGUCGAUCGUGUCUUUGGUGGGGAAGAUAGUGUAGAGCUUAAAGGACCAGAAGUAGCCGAUGAGCUCAAAUACUAUUUGCGCUUGUUGACGUUGUGCUGGCACUUCUCCAAGAAGCCGUUUCCUUUGUUCUUGGAAGAGACUGGGUUUGCCAAGGACAACGUCCUCAUUCACGAACCCAAAGCUGGGAUACUGAAGCCGGCUUAUACGGUUCUUGUCGAUCACAAUUCUAAAUGUUUUCUGUUGUUGAUCCGUGGCACGCAUAGCAUUAAGGACACGUUGACGGCUGCCACAGGAGGAAUAGUGCCGUUCCAUCAUACUGUUGUGAACGAGAGUGGGGUCAGCAAUUUGGUUUUAGGGUAUGCUCAUUGUGGUAUGGUUGCUGCUGCUAGGUGUAUAGCUAAACUUGCUACUCCUUGUCUUCUCAAGGGUCUUGAGCAGUAUCCAGAUUAUAAAAUCAAGAUUGUAGGGCACUCUUUGGGUGGUGGAACGGCUGCUCUAUUAACGUAUAUACUGCGGGAGCAGAAAAUGCUCUCUACAGCUACUUGUGUUACAUUUGCCCCAGCUGCUUGUAUGACUUGGGAGUUAGCUGACUCUGGGAACGACUUCAUUGUAACUGUGAUUAAUGGAGCCGAUCUGGUGCCUACAUUUUCUGCUGCAUCAGUAGAUGACCUACGCGCUGAGGUAACAGCAUCUGCUUGGCUAAAUGAUCUGAGGAAUCAGAUCGAAAGGACUCGAAUCCUUAGCACUGUUUAUCGCUCAGCCACGGCUUUGGGAUCACGCCUUCCGUCUAUGGCCAGUGCCAAAGCAAAAGUUGCUGGUGCUGGUGCAAUGUUACGCCCAGUGUCUAGCGGCACGCAGGUUGUGAUGAGGAGAGCUCGGAGUAUGCUGACCCGUCCUGCACUAAGCUUAUCUUCUUGGUCAUGUAUGGGACCAAGGCGUAGAGCCAAUGCUACUCAACCAAACUCGGAACAUCAGAUAGAUUCUUCCGAAGCAGCUUCAGAUCCUCUUGUUGCUACCACAAGUAGUAAUGACGGGAAGUGGAAAUCAGAAGCUGAGUGUUCAAACUACGAUGAAACAUCUGCUCGUCUUGGAGCAACUGAUCUUGACGAGUGUGAGGAUCCAGAGGAUAUCGAAACACGCCAAGAGCGUAUGACUGAAGCUGAGCUAUGGCAGCAGCUGGAGCAUGACCUGUACAACGAAGACUCUUCAGAGCUGCCUGAAGAAGCUGAUGUGGCGAAAGAGAUCAAAGAGGAAGAGGAAGCCGUCAUCGCAGAGGCGGGUGUGAGCCAGCCAGAGAUCCGGACGUCUGAGAUGAAAGAAUCUCACAGGUUCCUCCCGCCAGGGAAGAUUAUGCACAUUGUCACGGUCCGGCCUGAGGCUGUAGACGCAAACGAAGAAGAUGCGUUGGAAAGGACUGAGACAGUGGAGACGGUGGAGGAGGGAAGAGUAGGAAUCUUUCUGACGCCGAGGUCGUUGUAUAGUAAGGUGAGGUUAUCGCAGAGGAUGAUAAGCGAUCACUUCAUGCCUGUUUAUAGGCGACAGCUCGAACGGUUGAUACAAGAGCUAACACACGAACAGGAACAGCCUUGAAGCUGCUUAUGUUCGUGUUUUUAGUUCCUUUUUUUUUGUAUUUGCAGUUGUAAAUACUUGUCUUACUGACUAUUUACCUUUAAGAAAAUUUUCUUUUGUUUGUAUAUCUACGCAGUGGAUUCGAUCUUUACAUCAUCAAAAGUUAAAAUUUUCGAAAAUUAAAAAGAA